GAGGGGAGCGCAGGCUGACUGGGCGGAGAAGGAGUACCGGACUUCCAGCACUCAUGUGGGGAACCCAGGCUUGGAGCAAUAGCAACGGUUUGGAGCUUGUUAAGGAGGACCGCUCCUCUGCCCAGCCAUAGGUUUUCAAGCCUGGGCUGCUUGGAAUGAAAAGCAUGCAAUAUGCUGCCACUAAGCUCCCUGAGUUCCUCGCACGAGCAUGGAAGAAAAUUGGACACUGCAGCCAGAGCUGGGCUUGGAGCAACAGCAAGUCCUGGCGCACAAUCUACUCUUCAAGCUCCCAAUGCCUGAACCGGCGAGCUGGAGGAGAGAUUUUCUGUCAUGAUGAGAAUCCAAAACCAGACCCACUAAGCCAAGAACUCUCUUUAUCGUUCUCAACACACAGAAAGGCUACUGUGAGUGUUGUGCAGAAGAUUUCACAGAUUUACAGACGAAUGAGUUGCUGGACAUCAUGGAAACAGAAUGGAACUUGAAAACCAGACCCAUUUUGAGAUGAUUUGAAUGAAUGCCUUUGGGUAAUUUAAAUAGGCUAUUCAAUUGUUUUGCUUUGUCAGUUAAGUUCCGGAGCUCAAAGUCUUCUACUUGCCUUUUCACAGAAGAAUUUUCCUUUCUUUGUCUGAUUGAUAGAUCUAAUGAGACGGAACAAGGUGUUUUUUCAUGUUUUGGUUUAAUAUUAUUGUUUUUUCCCCUUUUAUACAUUUUGCUCAUUUUAUUAACUUUCUGAUGGCAUUGUCUUCACAGCAUCUUCAAAGCUUGCAACAUCAGGAAUUUGUCCUGUAUUUCACCCAGUAUGCUUUCUUAGAUAGCAUCAUCUCCCAAUUGAACAGUGACUUUAUGCCUUCCUGCACUCCACUGCUGAGGAAGAAGCCAUCUGCCAUUUUGUGUGGGCUGAUUUGAGUGCAUGCUGCAUUUCUCCAAAGACUCCCAAAUAUCUUUGUGUGUAAGAGAGAGAAGUAGAGAUGACACGCUUGAGCAUUUUCAGAAAUUAAGCAAGAAUAUUAAUCUAUAAAUAAUCCAGAGGGAAGAGCAAAGAGGAAAAGCAAGGAGAGGCAAGGCAAGGACCAGUAAGAAUCCCAGACUUUCAAUGCAAAGCAAAAGAAAACGAAGAAAGGGCAUCACAAUCUGCCUCCCUUGCAUGCCAGACAGCUGGUGCCAACUCUGGUUCCGAUUAUGAAGGCAUUAUGAGCUGCUCGCUCCAGAACUGGGUGUUGACAGCUUUCUGCUGCUUGCUGCUUUGUCAUUCAGGUUUUGUGAAGGCAGAUCCACAACCUGGUGAUUUACGGAGGUGGGUCCCAAAUUCCAGUUGGCGCAAAAGAUGGGGUAUUUCAGAAAUCACAUAUCCCACUAGGCUGGUGAAACACAACUCUGGGGGAGAGAUCCAGAAGUAUCAGCUGGACACAAGAGUAAGAAAAGAGACUGGUGGCAGCAGAGGAGGCGACAGAAAAGGAGGAAGCCCUGUUAUCCAUCUGGCCCAAGUGAGUUUCCUCAUCCCUGCCUUUGGUUCAACUUUCACUUUGGAUCUUGAGCUGAACCACCAUCUCUUGUCCUUAAAUUAUGUGGAACGUCAUUUUGGACAGGAUGGAAAUGCCAGCCACACCACGGGAACAAGUGAGCACUGUUACUAUCAAGGCAAUCUCCGUGGAGAAGCCAACUCCUUUGUGGCUUUAUCUACCUGCCAUGGCCUACAUGGUGUUUUCUCUGAUGGAAAAGAUGUGUACCUCCUGAAGCCUCAUGAUUCACUCGAACAUCAAGCGCAGGAGCCACUUCCUCACCAGAUCAACCAGACACCAGUACCUCACAUGUCCCGUGGUUGCACAGAACCAGGGUGUUUAUUUUCUGCAUUGAACUACUACAUUCCUCCUGGGCUUCCUAAACUGCGUCGGCGAAGACAGGUUCACCGAGGUCAUCGGACUGUCCACAGUGAGACCAAGUUCAUUGAAUUGAUAAUUGUUAAUGACCACCAACUGUUUGAGCAAAUGCGUCGCUCUGUCAGCCUUACCAGCAACUUUGCAAAAUCUGUGGUAAACCUUGCUGAUGUGAUUUUUAAGGAGCAGUUGAACACUCGUAUCGUGUUGGUUGCCAUGGAAACAUGGGCAUCAGGGGAUAAGAUCCAGACUGAUGAAGAUUCCCUAGAGACACUGAGAGAGUUUAUGAAGUAUCGUCAAGAAUCUCUUCCUGAACACAGUGAUGCUGCCCAUCUCUUCUCAGGGCACACUUUUAGAAGCAGCCGCAGUGGUACAGCUUAUGUUGGAGGAAUCUGCUCAGUUGCUAGAGGCGGAGGUGUGAAUGAGUAUGGUACCGUUGGAGCGAUGGCAGUAACAUUAGCCCAGACCUUGGGGCAAAACAUUGGCAUGAUGUGGAACAAACACCGUGCUUCUGCAGGAGAUUGUCGCUGUCCUGACUUAUGGCUGGGUUGUAUUAUGGAAGAUACUGGAUACUACCUGCCACGGAAAUUUUCACGCUGCAGUGUUGAUGAAUACAAUCAAUUUCUGGCUGAAGGAGGAGGAAGCUGUCUCUUUAACAAGCCUUUGAAGCUCCUUGACCCUCCUGAAUGCGGUAAUGGAUUUGUUGAAGCAGGAGAAGAAUGUGACUGUGGGUCCUUUGCGGAGUGUUCCAAAAGUGGGGGAAACUGCUGCAAGAAAUGUACCCUUACGCAUGAUGCCAUGUGCAGUGAUGGGUUGUGUUGUCGAGAGUGCAAGUAUGAGCCACGGGGUGUAACUUGUCGAGAAGCUGUGAAUGAAUGUGAUGUCCCAGAAACUUGUACUGGGGACUCCAGUCAGUGUCCACCUAAUGUACACAAGCAGGACGGCUAUUUUUGUGAGAAUGAACAGGGCCGGUGUUAUGGAGGCCGUUGUAAAACCAGGGAUCACCAGUGCAAUGCAUUGUGGGGGCGAGCUUCAGCUGAAAGGUUUUGCUACGAGAAACUCAAUGUUGAAGGCACUGAGCGUGGGAACUGUGGGCAUGAGGGGAGCCGCUGGGUGCCCUGUAUCAAGCAGGAUGUGUUGUGUGGAUAUCUUCUCUGUGCCAAUGCGACAGGAUCUCCACGUAUUGGUGAACUACUAGGCGAGAUCACAACAAUGACAUUCUAUCACCAGAAGAGAUAUAUCGAUUGCCGGGGUGGCCAUGUGCAGUUGGUGGAUGGCACAGAUCUGAGCUACGUAGAAGAUGGGACACCCUGUGGGCCCAACAUGUUGUGUCUUGAUCACAAAUGCCUUCCCGUCUCUGCCUUUAACUUCAGUAUCUGCCCUGGCAGCUGGGGUGGCCAGAUCUGCUUUGACCAUGGGGUCUGCAGCAAUGAGGGCCAGUGCAUCUGCUAUUCAGACUGGACAGGAAAAGACUGCAGUGUCUAUGAUCCUAUCCCAGACCCUAAACCUACUGGAGAAACAGAAAAAUACAAGGGUCCCAGUGGUACCAACAUCAUUAUUGGUUCCAUUGCUGGAGCCAUCUUGGUGGCUGCUAUUGUUCUUGGUGGCACUGGAUGGGGAUUUAAGAACAUUCGCAGAGGAAGGUACGACCCAGCUCAGCAGAGCAUGUAGCAGCUUCCCUCAGCACGUCUCUCCAUCACCUACCGCCUCCAUCCCAUCCUCCUCAUCGCCUUCUCCCCACUCUUGCUGCUUGCAAUGAUCAUUGGUGCAGAAGGGCCAGAGCUCUCAUGGAGGCCUGUCUCGGCAGAGAGAAUUUCGUCUGUCCAUGCAUCCAUCAGUAUCAGCCUCAUUCUCCACUUCUUCAGUUGUUAUCAUGAGGGGAUAGCUAGUGAAUAAGUAAAUGGCCACAGGUGUUCUAUCCAGGCAUCUAAUGAACCCCUGGUUCUGCUCACUGGAUGACAGGGAUGGGAAUUGAUCUUUCCCCAGUUUAAGGCCCAAGUAACAAUCCUUUAUUUCAUGUUAUGGUAAAGUGAACACAGGAUUUUACUGUAUCAUUUUCACGGUGGGAUUUUUCCGCAAAUGGAAACCGUUUGCAGUGAACUGUGUUGAUUUCGAGAUACAAAAGAUUUCCACACAUCCCUGCAAGGACCGUUCCACCUAUAUUUGUAUACCGGGGUGAAAUCUAAAAUUUUUUCCUACCAGUUCUGCGGGCGUGGCUUAAUUGGUGGGCAUGGCUUGGUGGUCAGGUGACUGAAUGGGUAUGGCCAAUAAUAAUGAAUAAUAAAAAUAAUAAAGUAUACAAAACUUGGGAGCGCACCGAUCUACUAAUUGCCUUUUUUUGGGAGCGCACCGUCUACCUUCUUUAAAAAUAGAUGCACUACAGCGCUGAUCAGCUGUAGUGCGGCCCUUUGAAGCACCGCAGUAGUCAUUUAAGGCCAUUUGCAGCUAUAUCACCACCGAGAACUUUUAAGGACAGAGAAGAGGAACAGUGAGGUAUGGGCGGUGUGGGGAGCAGGGAUUUUUGGUACCGGUUCUCCGAACUACCUGCCCCCAUCGCUACCGGAUCAUGUGAUCCGGUCUGAACCAGGAGCAUUUCACCCCGAUAUAUACAAUAUAAUAUACACUUAUAUUGCCAAGGAGAAGGUGUGUUUUAAUUGGGCCCAUACCCAUUCUAUUAUAGAAGAGGGUAGGUAUGGUGCUGAAUAAUAAAGCAUCAAACUAUAUUAUAAAACAGCCUUCUAAAACCUGAAGAAUUCAGGAGAGUUUUAAUUCUAACUCUUAGAUUUCCCAGCCAGCUGUGGAAUCUAUAGUUCAAAGACAUCAGGAAUUUGCCAUGUUGGGGAAUUGUUGCAGUCCUGAGGUAUAACUAAUACUCCCAAGAAUCUGAAAGGAGAUAUAUUUGAAUGAAUCUGUUUCUAAGUUGAAAUGGAGGCACAAGGCCUGUAACUGUUGAACUUUCCCGGAGUGCAUACAUAGACUCACAAACAUUUACUUAACAUUUCCUGUGUUCUUUAAAAGUUCCAAAACACAUGUUUAUGUGGUGGUAUUUAAAAAUUAGGGGCUCCCCACCGCCAAUGAAGCACAUGCUGCUCAUUUGCAAUUUUGAAUGGAAAAGUGGCCAAUAGGGAAAGAAUUAAACAGCAUAAUUCUAUGAUUACAAAAAUAAUAACAAUAAUGAUCCUUUUGCAUAGAUUUAGCCUGAGUUCUGUAGAAUAGAAAAGGCCCAUUUAAUGACACUAAUAGGUUUGGGCUACUUGUUUUGGUUUAUGUACAUUCACUGGCUGCAGUUUACCCAAUGGGAUUUUUAUGAGGUGGGGACUAAAAUAUUUAUAUUGUUCAUGUGGAAACAGAGCAUAUAAAAGCCUACUUAAGUAGAGAAAGCAUCACUCAAAUCAUCAGAAGAUUGACUAGAGCCAUUCCGAUGUGUCUACAUGUAGGGUGAUUAUAUCUUUAUCAUUCUAAUUAAUAAGUGAAGAUCUUGAAUCUUGCCUUAGGAAGAUUCCCAGGGCCUUAUUCAAAACUUGGGGAAGAUAUUUAGCCCCAUUAUAUGCUAUAUGAUAUACACCCAUGCUUUUCUGCUGCUCUCUGUGUAUUAUGCAUUACUUUCUUGACUGUGAUUUGGUUGCUUGCUCGCUUGGCAUUUGUUCCCAUUUCAUGGUGUUAUUUUUCCUUGAAAGUUUAAAAGAGCCAGAGUAUUGGGGACGCAAAAGAGAUUGUCAUCUACAUUUAAUUGCUUUAAACACUAGAUACUUAUAUAAUUAAAAGGUUUGUAUUACUGACAUACUACCAAGUUAGGUUUCUGGAGGAGAAAACAUCUAAAAACCACUUCCUUUUCUAUACUGGGGUAAUAUGGCUUCUGUUUCAAUUGUUAAUCAUGGACUGUAUCCUACAGUAAAUAAGUGCCUUUCAGUAUGAAUUAAAUCUUUACAACAUAAUAAAAGUAUUCAUGUAUUAACCAUAAUAAAAAUAUUCAUGUAUUAAAGGUAGAUCUUCCAAGGUUCAUUUUAGCAAAUAAAUAUAUUUCUUUUUAAAGAAGAACUGCAGAUAUUGAUUUUUUUCCAAUAUCUGCAUACAAUAAAUAUUAAAAGGACACAGCCCUACGAAAUACAGAACCUAAGGCAUUUAGAUGUUUAAAUAAAUCCUUUUAACUUUAAGUUGGAAAGGAUUGAAAAUUAAUUAUUCUUUUAUUUUUCGUAAGUUAACAAGUUUUCACUGUAUAAGAUCCUUCAACUUCUCCCAAAGUAUAUUUCAAUUGUUCAUUCUAUAAUUGUACCAGUAACUCAAAAUUCAUUCUUCUGCCAGAAAAUAAUAAGAUUCAAUUUUAAAGAGAUUUAUGCUAUUUAUAUUGGGAGAUAUGGAAUCAAUAAAUAAAAAUCUGGAACCAA